UCGCACGCACCGGCCGCCCACUUGAUCUGAUGAGCGCACAGCACACUGGGGGAGCGGUACGUAGCAGGCCCACGGAAGCCACGCAGCCCGUGCCGACGUGCAGCCAACGCCCGCGCGCGCGCGCUUAGUUUUGUCCCGCCACGGCAGAGAAGGAAACGGUCGAGGAGGAAGAGGAAGAGGAAGCAGUGGCAUGGCCGCGCAGGAGGCGUCGCAGGCGCUGCGGUGGCGCUACGGCGACGUGGACGACGGCAACUUCUCGGUGCGCGGCGGGCGCGGCGUGCCGCUGCUUGCGACGCUCUUCGCCGUCCUCGUCUUCUUCGUGGGCGUCUGCGUCUACCUCCGCUGGGUGUGCCGCCGGUACAACGCCGACGCGACGCUUCCCAUCUCGUUUUCCUACCCCUCCUCGUCGCCGUCGUCCUCCGCUGCGGCGCCCGGCGCCCCCUCCGCGGUGGCUGGCCUCGACGCUGCCGCGAUAGCCGGCUUGCCCGUGACGCCAUACCGUCGUCCUCCGUCGGCGUCCCCUGGCCGCGAGGACGACGAGACGCAGUGCCCGAUAUGCCUCGGCGAGUUCGCGGACGGCGAGAGGGUGAAGGCGCUGCCGCGGUGCGGACACUGCUUCCACCCGGAGUGCGUGGACGCGUGGCUGUGCUCGCAUCCCAGCUGCCCGCUGUGCCGGGGCUCGCUUCUCGCCGACACCUCCACCGUCAAAACUGUGGACGCGAGCGAAGCUGUCUGAUCGACCCUGCCACAGUGCCACUCGCGGCAGCAAGUUCGGAACUGCGCCGCUCAGCGACACUGCGACUGACAUUGGAGCCUCGCCGCCAAUUUCCAUUGCCCUGACCGAUGGCUGUUGCACGUGCGUGCCAGUGUUCAGGCAUGGUUGAUUGGCGGCGACGACGGAUCAUUUUUGUUGAGUGUUUUUUUGUCUUUGAACGGAUCAUUUUUGCUUAGUUAUUUUCCUUGGUUAAUUUGCAUAUCAGUGAGUUUUUACGGGCGUUUGAUAUUG